AUACAUACUGAAUCGAAGCAGUUGCCUUAAUCCGGAAAGACGUUUGUCGAAAAAGAUAAUUUGUGUUAUUAGAGUUACUGUCAUGCGCUCAUUCGGGACUGUUUAUAAAGAAAUUCGCACAUAAAUACAACCAGAUUGAAGAAGUCUAUGUGGCUGUGUGCUGACACUCAGUAAUUUUUCUUCAGUAGUUCAACGGAGUAUUUUUUGAAGUGAGCGGCGUAUUUCUUUCGUUAGGAUCCAUUUGGUACUAUCUGUUAGGCAACCCGAAUUUCCAGUUGAAUUUUUGUGGUUUGCAACCUCGACGUCCUUCUGUUCGUAUACUUUUAAGGCGUGUGUUAUUUUUGUUAUAUUAGGGGCAUACAGCUGUUUUGAGUUAAAGAGAACUUGGGUUUUGACCUUGUGACAUAUCUCCGAAAGUGAAUAGUUCCAGUUGAUCGUCAGGAGACUUGUUAAUUCAAAUAUAGUUGCAAGUAGCCUUAAGAAGAUAUCUUUUCCUGUUGCAGUCCUCUGCGAUGGCUGAUUCUCUGAAGUUUGGACCUGAAUGGCUGCGCACGCUGAACCAGUCACUGGCUGCGUCAGCUGCUGCGAGCAAUGCCUGCACGCCGCCUUCCAGCGAGGGCAGCAGUGGGGGUGGGGGCGGGCACGGGCCCUCGACGACGACUGCGGGGGUGGGGGCGGGGCCGACGGUGCCGCGGCCUGCGCUUACCCUUGCUCGGCACCGGUAUGGCCGCGAGGAGAUGUUGGCCCUGUUCGACCCGGGCCUUCCGCCUCCGCCUCCAUCGCCAGCUGCCCUUGCCGUGCUCUUCGUGGAGCGCGCUCAGCCACCUCUUGCUCUGGUGCAGAUGUCGGAUGAUGAAACACGGGUGUGGAACCGAGGUGUGAAUAGCGACGCAGUCCUGAGGAUGUCGAAGAGCACCGGUGCCGGUGGCCCAUCGGGUCAGCCGACUUCGGGGCCGGGUGGAGUGGGUGGGAGGGGAGGUGGCCUCGGGGUGACGGGUGGACCCGGAGGCCUCCGGGGACAGUCGCGCAGCCUCGGCAUCCCGGGCAGGGGCGCUGGCAGUGGGCCCGGCCCCGGCGUGCUGUCCGGCUCCGCCCCCUUCUACCGGUACGACGACUCGAGUGCUGCCGGCGGUGACAGUGGUGGGGACGGCAUCCGCGGUGGCAGCAUCGGCUCCCUCAGGCCGGGCCGACCGUUCGUCAGGAUGCAGCAGAGUUCGGAGCGCAACUGGUCGGACCGUAACGGCACGGACCACGAGUGGGGCGGGGGUUCCGGACCGGGCAGCUCCGCCCUCGGCACCAGCCCCCGCAAGGACUUCGGGCGCGGCUUCGACAGCUGGCGGAGGCAGGGGCGCAACACGGUCAACUCCGAGCAGGACGACGACCCGCCAGCUCCUGGAGGUUGGAGGAGCUCUACCACCAAGUGGAGUGCAGGUCGCACCGGCGGCAAUAGUUGGCGCUCGGACUCGGAACCUAACAAGGACACGGGCGGCUGGUCGGUCCCACGCAAUAACAGCAACUCGUGGGGCGACGACCACGUAUCGUCCCGCGGUCCCCACCCGCACGUGCACAGGCCUUGGGAUCCACAGCCGCAUGCCCACACUCACCCUGCGGCGCACGGGACGGACAGCGACUCCGUGUCUGGGCCACUGCCCGAAUGGGCGACAGAGACGCCAACCGAGUCGAGGGGUAGCUUUGACGCUUCGGGGGCAUUCCACGGAGGAACUCCCCUGUCUGAUGACGAGUUCUUGUUGUCGCAGGACGGUAGUGGAGGUCACAGUACUGCUCGUGGGCAACGCCAUUCUGCUCUGUCGGGAGAUCCCGGCAAGAGGGCCGGGUCACCACUCACGCAGCGUGACACUGUCCCACCGGGAGUGUCGCGGUCGGCAUCACAGAAUGGUAUUGGAGACCCGGCAGAACGGCACAUUCGACCAAUGCAGGAGGUGACCAAGAGUGCUUCUACUGGCAGCGAUUCGCCAAGUGCACAGGCUGCUCCACUGCUGCAGACACAGAUCGAUCUGGUGGCACCGACGAUGUCGAGUCGCGUCGUACUGCCACGGAAAAGCAGACGCCACCCGCCGCCGCCGGCACCUUCGAUCGCCCCGUCUGACAGGGGCAGGGAGAGGGAGAGGAGCUCGAGCAGGCCCGACGAGGAGAUGGAGCGAAUGCGUGAGGUGGCGGACGACCUGGUGGCGAAGCUCAUGGAGGACGAGGACCACCGUACGGGCGUGCCCCCACCCACGUCCGUCCCGCCCGGCAGUGACAAGUGGUACUACCGUGACCCGCAGGGGGACGUCCAGGGACCAUUCUCAUCGAGUGAGAUGCUGGACUGGUUCCGUUCGGGAUACUUCAACCUGACGCUGCUGGUGCGGCGAGCGUGUGACGAACGCUACUCGUCACUAGGAGACAUCAUUAAGCUGUGGGGGAGGCUGCCUUUCACGCCUGGUGGACCACCCGUGCCUCCUAUUAAGGCGGACGCAAUCCCUCCCGUCUCUUCCGUUUCUGUGCCGCCGCUGGUGCCUGCGGCACCACCACCACCCACGUCCGACAUCCUUUCGGAUAGCCACGGCCAUAAUCUGCUGAUGCAACAGUAUCAGUACCAGUACACCAUGCUGCAGAGACAGCUGCUUCUGGGGCAGCAGGCGGCGGUGCACGCGGCAGCCCAGGCGGCUAUCGGCGAGCUGUCCCAGUCGGACCGCUGGGCCACACUCUCCCCCAUCGAGCAGAGGCGGCUGGUGACAGAGCGGCUGGCACUGCAGCAGAUGCUGGGUGUGCCGCCGUUGGUGCCCCCCGUGUCGGUGCCUCCGCCGUCCAUUGUGGACCUCUUCUCGGUGGCCGCGGCGCAACAGCAGCCGGGACAGCAGCCUGCGCAGCAGCCGCCGCCCCCACCCCCGUCCGCGCAACCCCAGCCUGUGUCCGCGACCAACCCCGUUGCCCAGCUCAUCUCCCAGAUGCAGAUGGGAGCAGUAGCUGCCGCCGUUGCCCCGAAAGAACACCAACCGCCGCCACCGCACGCCCUGGUGGAUCCGCUGCAGCAGCUGAUCCAGCAGAUGAGCGGCGGCCUGCCGUCGGUGUCAUCGGCCCCCUGUGUCCCACCUCCCGGCGGCCAACCGCUCGGAGGUGGCAUAGGACUCGAUUCGGACGGCCCCGGCAGGACUUUGCUGCAGACAUUGAAUGCGGGGAAGCCUCCCGCUAUGCCUCCGCCGCGGCUUCCACCUGUGCAGGUAGACUCCGUGUGGGGUGGCAGCGUGCCUGCCGGCUACAGCUUGGGAGUGGGAACUGCUGCACCCUGGAUGAACGCAGCAGUGACGACGCCCACGCCACCUGUCUCGUCGACAUCGUCCGUGCCUCCCGGGCAGCUUCCUUCGUUGCCUAUGUCGCUGUGGGAUUUGGCACAGCAGCAGGGAAAAGACAUAAAGACGGAGCACCAGGUGCUUGAAGAACAACUCAGGGCUGAAGAAGAAAGGAGACUGGAGGAACAAAGAAAACGCGAGGAGAAUGAAGAAGCUAUGCGGAAGCAAAAAGAGCUGUUGGAAAAGGAGGAGGAAGAGAAGAGAAAACUAAAAGAGAAAGAAGAUGAGGAAAAGAAGAAGAAAAAGCGACAAGAAGAGGAGGAAGAGAAGAAGAAGCGAAAGCAACUGGAGGAGGAAGAUAAGAAGAAGAAAAAACAGCAGGAGGAGGAAGAAAGGAGACGGAAGAAGCAACAGGAAGAGGAGGAGAAGAAGAGAAAGAAACAGCAAGAGGAGGAGGAGAAGCGCAAGAAGAAAGAGGAGGAGCGGAGAUUGCGUGAGCAGGAGGAGGAAGAGAAGCGGCGGAAGAAGGAGCAGGAGGAGGCAGAGCGUCAGCUGAAGGAGGAGGAAGAGAGGGAGAAGAAGAAGAAACAGCAGCGUAAAGAAGCUGAGAAGGAAAAGAAGAAAAAAGCAGAAGAAGCAAAGAAGAAAGAAGAAGAAGAGAAAAAGAAGCAGGAGGAGGAGGAGCGAACGAGGCAGCGGCGGCAAGAACAGCAGGAGAAAGCACUGCGCAAGCUACAGGAACAACAGGAGAAGGCGCGCCAGGCGGCAGCGCUGCGGCCCGCGCCCUGGACUGCCGCACCCGCGCCGCCCGCCGCCACCGUACAGCAGCCGCUCACCGAGAUCCAGCGCCAGGAGCGGGAGCGCGAGAGGCAGCUGCAGCUGCAGCAGCAGCAGUUGCAACAGCAGCAGCAGCAGCAGCAGCAACAACAGCAGCAGCUGCAACAGCAACAGCAGAAUGCGAAUGCAGCGGCACAGAACUCCACAGGUGCGCAGACUGGCAACGGCAGCAGCGUGUUGGGAGGCCUACAGCUGCGGUGGGCGGAAGUGAAACCGCCAGUACCCGCCGCAAAGUCGCUGACGGAAAUUCAGCAGGAGGAGCAGGAGAACCUUGCCAAGCAGCAGCUGGAGCGUGAACGGCUGCAGCAGCAGCAACAGCAGCAGCAGGCGGCAGCGGCGCCCGCCGUUGCCACGGCCAGCAUCUGGGGGUCGGCUUCCCAGUCGCUGUCCUGGGCUGCUUCUGUCAGUGCCGCCUCGCCCUGGGGAAACACCGGUGUCAAUUCCAACUCCACUGGUUCAGGCUUCUGGGAGGACGCGGCCAAAACCUCUGCAGCUGUGCCUAUUUCAAAGAGCCGAUCUGCCACAAACCACAACAACAACAUUAUCAACAACAACUCAUCGGGCAACAACAAGAACAGUGGUGGCAGUGCCAACACCACACAGCCGUGGAAAAACCUGCCAGCGAAUACGAAAACGCGCAGCAAGAAAGAGGAGGCCGUGGUCAUGAAGCUGUUCGAGCCUCGCCCUGACGAGUUCACACAGUGGUGUACGGAUGCGCUCGGAUCUCUGAAACACUCCAUAGACGUGCCGACAUUUGUGGCAUUCCUGCGAGACAUCGAGUCGGCGUACGAAGUGAAGGAUUACGUGCGGGUGUACCUGGGCGAGGGUCGUGAUGCACAGGAGUUCAGCAGACAAUUCCUCGAGCGUCGCAGCAAGCUGCAGCAGCAGAAGGCCGCGCGGGAUCGCACACCCGAGGACGACCUCAGCACUCCUGCGCCGGCAAUUACGCCCUCGCAAGAUUUCCACGAGGUUAAGGGAAAAGGGAAGAAAGCGAAGAAGAGUCGAAUGUACAAAGUGGACAGCCGCAUCCUGGGUUUCAGCGUAACUGCCGCUCAAGACAGGCUCAACGUCGGGGAACGGGAUUUCGGAGAUGGCAUGUGAGGGUGCAGGGAGAAAGGAACGAUGUGAAUUACAAUCCUGGUGCCGCAGCUGUGUAACAGGUUGUGCGCCGGCGCGGCUUUCUGCCUACCGCCUACGCGUACAGUGUCACUCUGUUCACCGAGCUCCGACUGCAGAACUUGCGUCACCACGACGAGUGUGCUUUAGUGACCCGGUCUCCUGUUUUUGAGUCUCAGCUUUGUCUGUUGUCGGUGCUUUGCACCCGAAAUGCGAGUGGACUGUCGGCGGGAAUGCACGGAAUGUGUCGCUUAUCGUUUUCGGGUACGGGAGAACGAGUACCGCUAUUUGCCAGAAGUCGGAGCUCUGGCGGCAGCUCACCUCCUUCGAAAGGUGCAGAUGUGCCAGAGUGUCGGUCUUUAAUUUAUUAAAUCCUGUCACGACUGACUGAAACAAAAUAGAGUCUCUGUUAUUAUUUUUGUUUCUUCCUCCUUCUUUCUUCUUCUCAUUUUUGUUAGACCUUGCUACUUUUUGAUAAUUUUAUUUUUGAAAAAUUUAAAAAGAAAUGCUUGUGUCAUUUCUCAGGCACUACUUGUGGUGUUACUCAGUUACAAAAUUUGGACUGGCAACAGAACUUCAUUUACCUUGGCAUAUUUCAGAGUGAAAACCCAUAGUAUUUUCCUGAGUGUUUCUUUAAAAAAUAAUUGUUGGAUCCCUACUUUCCAAUGAGUCUCCCAAAUGAAUUAAAUUUUUUGAAGCAAAUGUUUUACGUGCACAACAGUAUUAUUUGUGUUUUGAAAAUGUUUUUGAGAUUCAUGAAAAUACAUUUGAAUAUUUUCCAAAAGAUUGUCAAAAGAGAGUAGGUUGCAUUCGAUAGUCUGUAAUUCAUUUUUCUUGGGCAGGUGUUGAAAUGCAGUUUUGUGCCUUUUAAGUGUGUGAUGGUUGAGAGAUUUCCUGUUGAAGAGUGACUAUGACUGUGUAUAAAAUUUGACACUUAAGUUGGUUUUGUUAUCAGCCAUUUUAUCAGAGCAGACAAAUAUUAGGAAGAAAAAAAGAGAGAGAAAUAAAGAGUAAACGUAUUCUGAAUUUUUUUUUUCCUCUCAGGUAUAAAUGCUGCGAAUAUGUGGCACUGAUCCUGUAAUGUUACUCACUGCAAAAAAAAAAAAAAAAAAAAAGAAAAAAAAUCACAUGAUAUUGACUUAACUGCCUGUGAAUGUAUUCUUUGCCAACAUUAUUCUUACUAGGCAAAUAUUUAUAGAGAACAUGUUGUUAAUGCAAAUAAAUUGAUAUAAUCGUUAAUGAAAGAGAGAUAUGCCGCUUGUCUCUUACCUAACAAAAUUGCCUGUUCCUACCUUACUUAGACAUUGCUGUCAUGAAAUAUGCAGUUGUAUUCCUUAUAUCAGUGACAGGAUUACAAACGAUCUGUCAUUGGGAUCAUUGCUUGAAAUACCUUAUUCUGUGCAAUGUUCAGAUUUGACAGAAAUGAAACAAUUAUUUUAUUUUAUUUCUUUUAUUUUUUCCCCCCCAUUGAAUUGAUGCAGAAUGAUUGUCUAAAAUUUUUGCAGUAUGAGGCAUCAAUGUAACCUCAUCUGAUUGCCCUGUUCUGUGAUUGUGAUGCCAUAAAUAUUUUCCUGGCACUGUGAAUUGGCUUUAUUCUCAAAGCUGUGCACUGUCAUAACAUUUAGAAAUAUUUUUAAUGUGAAAUAAAAUAAAUUAUUAUUGUUUGUGUGAAAUAUAAGAGUGAUGUAUUUCAUGGUA